GUUUAUAGUUAGCAUGCAAACAGUCUUUGUUUAUACACAAUGAAGCUAUGAAAGUGAAACAUUUUUUCAAUGGAUCAAAACGAAAAAAGCGUGAAAAAUCAAACACAUAUAAUAUCACAAAAAGGAGAAGAAUCCUCGAGUCACGCUCUCUGCACUGACGAUUCAAAUUCUGAAUCCUUUCAAUCGGCUAAAAUAACAUCAAAUGAAUCUCCAAAAAAUGUAACACCUCCUUAUAUGUCACAGAAAAAUGCACCUCCAGUAAAUACAUACCAUUCUUACGUGGAAGAUUCAGCGGAACGGAUGCAAAAUGUAUCAGGAACAAACUAUCAACCUUAUUGCAAUUCCGAAUCAGAGAAACAUAUUUCAAAGUUACUUCCAUCAAAUAAAUCAGGUGCAAAAAGUGAACAACCAAAUUACUCACCAAGCGUAAAAAGAUCAGCUCCAGAAUCACAAGGUCCAAAUUUCGCUGAAAAUUAUGAUGGGUACCUAUCUUAUAUACCAGAACCAGAGAAACCUAUCUCAAAUCCACCUCCAUUUAGUAACACAAUAGAAACUGAAGGGCCUAUUGAACCAACCUCCGAAAAUUCAGUAAAUGAAUCGAUUUCACAAUGUUCAAAUGAAUUAAUUAUAGCUUUGUCUGACGAAGCUCAAUCAACCAAAACAAUAAACUCAAUUAAAAAGCUGACAAAAAUCCACUUACCGAGAAUAAGGUCAAUGAUGAAAAGCGAUCCUGAAGUCAGAUUAGUUAGUAAAGAAGCGGUAGUAGUUCUUGCUAAAGCUACGGAACUUUUCAUAGAAGAACUUUGUAAGGAUGCGAUGAUUAACACACUAAAAAGUACAACUAAACGGAAAACCCUGCAAAGAAAAGACCUCGGUCUGAUGUUACGUACAAUACCCGUAAUUGCUAUGCCUUUUACCACGGAAGAAAAGACGGGUGAAGGAUCUUCUCUAGUCACUGUAUUCGGUCAAGGCAAACAGACUAAUGCUCAAUCUGUAGUGGGUGUGCCUUCCAGCAAGGAACAGCAGACUUAUACCGAUUCCGUAGUAGCUAAGCCUUCCUGCAAGGAACAACAGACUUAUAUCGAUUCCGUGGUAGCUUUACAAAUUAAUAAGGAGCUACAGUCUGGUUCUGAACCUGUGAUGGCUUUGUCCUUUGAUGACGAAUCAGUGAAGACUACUAGGCCUUUUAAGGAUAUUCAGACUGAUUAUGAAUCCGAUCAGGAUUUGGCUGUAGGCAAACAAUUGCAAUCCGCAAGGAAUUGGCCUUUGAGCAACGAUCUGCAGACUGAUGUAGAAUCCUUAAAUGCUAUCCCUUUUAGCAAGGAACUGCAAAUUGGGACUGCAGUAAUGGUGCCUAUGCCCUUUAGUAAGGAACUGCAGUCGGAUUUUAGUCCCCUUAUGGAUAUGUCCAGUAACAAAGAACUGCAUACUGAUGUUGCAACAGAUAUGACUAAGUCAUUUUUCGGAGAACUACAGCAUGAUGAAGACUCAUUGAUGGCAGAACCUUUCAGCACAGAACUCAGUGGUGAUCUUGAAACAGUAAUAACUUUUCCCUCAAACAAAAAUGAUUCUGAUUAAAGCCACGUUGUCGAAAUGCUAAAACAAGAGAUCAUUAAAAAUUUUGU